AGAAGUUUUGACGGCAUAUACGAGAAGCACAUAUUCGGCAUCAAAAUGAUGCUCUCAAGGCAAAAGCCGGCCAUUGGGCCUGGCUCAACUACACCAGCCAAAGAAAACAAGAAAAAGAAGAAGUUACCAAAGUUAGAGGACUUCUUAAGUUCAAGAGACUAUACUGGAGCAAUAACCUUAUCAGAGUUCAGUAGAAUCAGUGGAAAAGGAAAUGAAGAAACAGAUCUCUGGAUUGCUUACUGUGCAUUUCAUUUGGGAGAUUACAAACGUGCCAUGGAGGAGUAUGAGAGAAUGACAAAACGAGAUGGCUGCCAUCCUGAUGUGUGGAUAAAUUUAGCUUGUUGUUAUUUUUUCCUUGGGAUGUACACAGAAUCUGAUAAGGCUGCCCAAAGAGCCAGUGACCUUGGUCCAAAAAGCCGACUCCAGAACCGACUGGGCUUUCAUCUGUCUCAUAAGUUUAAUGAAGAGAAGCGACUGAUGUCCUACCAUCAGAAUCUACAGGACAUAGUAGAGGACCAGUUAUCUCUGGCCUCUAUACAUUACCUCCGCAGUCAUUACCAGGAAGCCAUCGACAUCUACAAAAGGAUCCUCCUAGACAACAGAGAUUACCUGGCUCUAAAUGUGUAUGUGGCUUUGUGCUACUACAAACUAGACUACUAUGAUGUCUCUCAGGAGGUAUUAGCAGUAUACUUACAACAGUACCCUGACAGUGCUAUAGCACUCAACCUCAAGGCCUGUAAUCACUUCAGACUCUACAAUGGAAAAGCUGCAGAGGCUGAGUUGAAGAGCUUACAAGAAAUGUCUACGCCGUCAUUUGUGUUCGCUCGAGAUCUCAUCAAACAUAACAUGGUUGUAUUUCGUGGAGGAGAAGGUUCCUUACAAGUGCUGCCCCCACUCAUAGAUGUUAUCCCAGAGGCUCGACUCAACCUUGUCAUAUAUCACCUCAAACAAGAUGAUAUUGCUGAAGCUUACAAUUUGAUCAAAGAACUUGAGCCGACAACUCCCCAGGAGUACAUCCUGAAGGGUGUGGUGAAUGCAGCCUUAGGACAGGAGCAGGGUUCGAAGGAGCACUUGAAGAUUGCCCAGCAGUACUUUCAACUAGUCGGAGGAUCAGCCAGUGAAUGUGACACUAUUCCUGGCAGACAGUGUAUGGCAUCCUGUUUCUUUUUACUUCGACAGUUUGAAGAUGUCUUGAUUUAUCUCAACUCUGUCAAGAGCUAUUUUUACAACGAUGAUCUGUUUAACUUUAACUACGCUCAGGCAAAAGCUGCAGUAGGGAACUACAAGGAGGCAGAGGAGGUGUUCCUGUUGAUACAGAUGGAGAAGAUUAAAAAUGAUUACACCUAUCUCAGCUGGCUGGCUAGAUGUUAUAUCAUGAACAGAAAGGCUCGCCUGGCAUGGGAGUUAUACCUUAAGAUGGAGACAUCAGGAGAGUCAUUUAGUCUGCUUCAACUCAUUGCUAAUGACUGCUAUAAGAUGGGUCAGUUUUACUAUGCUGCCAAAUCCUUUGAUGUACUGGAGCGACUUGACCCCAACCCUGAAUACUGGGAGGGCAAGCGAGGAGCUUGUGUGGGCGUAUUCCAACUCAUCAUUGCUGGACAUGAACCAAGAGAGCUACUUCGGGAAGUGGUUCAACUACUUCGUAACACUAGUAACCCACAAGUGGAAUACAUCACUCGCACCAUGAAAAAAUGGGGCAAAGAGAACAAAGUGUCUUGGUAGCCUGGCAUCUUGUUUCCUUAUACAACAUGUAAAUCCUGUACAUACCUUCACUAAAACUGCAUGUUCAUUUAGAUAGUUCUUUUAGGAUCAAGAUGACACAUAUUCUCUGAUAAUUUACAAUAAUGUUAAUGAGAACAAAAGCCCUUAUCUGAUUUUUCUUUGAUCAAACUUUUGCAAGGAUGACAUGACCCCUGUCUUUAUUCUGUGCAUGCAUGAUCACUUCCUCUUAAUCCUGCUCUUGGUACAUAGUAUUACCAAAGACCUUAUUAUAGUUGUUACAGUAUGAUAACAGUGUUCUACACUUGAGAUUCCUAGAUUUAGAGAGCCGAAUGUAGUAGUUCACAAGCCCUAUCACAAGUAUUAAUGGCACACCACGUUUAUACAAUGGUAUAACAAGUACUUCUGGUUACCGAAUGCCUUUAGACUAUUGUUUAAUACCAGUCUCGUUCAUCAGACGCAGGUUAAUGCCUUCAGCUGUUAGAAUUUCUUUUUGACAAUACUGUAUGUGUGAGCUGAAUUAGAGGUUUUUGGUCAAUGAAAGUAAUUAUUGUAAGCAAUUUUUUUACCUCUGUAUUCAAAAUGCUUAAGAUUUAAAUCAAAGAGAGAUAGAUCAGUUAGGUAAUCAACCUGUACAGCUUACUAUACAUAAAUAUUCUUGAUGAUGUGUGCAUGAAUACUGGUAGAUUAGUAUGAUCAUCUAGUCAGCUCCAUUCUUUCUCAGCAAACUUGCUAGCGUGACACAUCAGUGUUGUACAGACCUGUUUGUGCCUUUUUAACUAUUCACUCAGUGUGAUUGUCCAAAUAAGAACGAAAUAUACCACAUUUUUGCAAACACAGGACCAUUAGCAUUGUCUCAAGGUCACAAGUUAAAUUACAGGGUCUAGAACUGGUAAAUAUAUCUUCAGGCUUAUUGUAAAGCAAUGUCUUUUAGUUCUCAAAACAAACUAAAAUGCAGGCUCUGAGGCUGAUGUAAGGCACUGGCAUAUAAUCACAUUGUAUCAAGGACCCAAACUUAACUACAGGAUCUAGUGCUGUAUCCAGGUCUCAAACUUAACUACAGGAUCUAGCACUGUAUCCAGGUCCCAAACUUAACUACAGGAUCUAAUGCUGUAUCUAGGUCCCAAACUUAACUACAGGAUCUAGUACUGUAUCCAGGUCCCAAACUUAACUACAAGAUCUAGUACUGUAUCCAGGUCCCAAACUUAACUACAGGAUCUAAUGCUGUAUCCAGGUCCCAAACUUAAAUACAGGAUCUAAUGCUGUAUCCAGGUCCGAAACUUAACUACAGAAUCUAGUACUGUAUCCAGGUCCCAAACUUAACUGCAGGAUCUUUUGCUGUAUCUAGGUUCCAAACUUAACUACAGGAUCUAGUACUGUAUCCAGAUCCCAAACUUAACUACAGGGUCUGAUGUUGUAUCCAGGUCCCAAACUUAACUACAGGACAUAAUGCUGUAUCUAGGUCCUGAACGUAACUACGGGAUCUAGUACUGUAUCCAGGUCCCAAACUUAACUACAGGAUAUAAUGCUUUAACCAGGUCCCAAACUUAACUACAGGAUCUAGUGCUGUAUCCAGGUCAAAAUAUUAACUAUGGGAUCUAAUGCUGUAUCCAGGUCCCAAACUUUACAGGAUCUAAUGCUGUAUCCAGGUCCCAACCUUAACUACUCUAUCUAGUGCUGAGUACAGGUCCAAAAAUUAACUACAGGAUCUAGUACUGUUACCAGGUCAAAAUAUUAACUACAGGAUCUAGCACUGUAUCCAGGUCCCAAACUUAACUACAGGAUCUAAUGCUGUAUCUAGGUCCCAAACUUAACUACAGGAUCUAGUACUGUAUCCAGGUCCCAAACUUAACUACAGGAUCUGGUGCUGUAUCCAGGUCCCAAACUUAACUACAGGAUCUAAUGCUGUAUCUAGGUCCCAAACUUAACUACAGGAUCUAGUACUGUAUCCAGGUCCCAAACUUAACUACAGGAUCUGGUGCUGUAUCCAGGUCCCAAACUUAACUACAGGAUCUAAUGCUGUAUCCAGGUCCCAAACUUAACUACAGGAUCUAGUACUGUAUCCAGGUCCCAAACUUAACUACAGGAUCUAAUGCUGUAUCUAGGUCCCAAACUUAACUACAGGAUCUAAUGCUGUAUCUAGGUCCCAAACUUAACUACAGGAUCUAGUAUUGUAUCCAGGUCCCAAACUUAACUACAGGAUCUAGUACUGUAUCCAGGUCCCAAACUUAACUACAGGAUCUAGUACUGUAUCCAGGUCCCAAACUUAACUACAGGAUCUAAUGCUGUAUCCAAUCCAAACCUUGAUAUAAAUUUAGUACAAUAUCCUUAUCCCAAAACUAGACUACAAGAUCAAGUGCUGACAUUUUUUUUUGUUUUUGAAAUUCUUAAAAUAAAAUCAUGCUUAAUCUAAAUGAUUAGAGCAUGGUUCUUCUACACAAGUGUUGUCUUUGUCUGAGAUUUUAAUUGACUAAACUUCUCUAAUGAUAUUGAUCUCUGACUAGAAUAGUCCAUUCAGCUUUGUGGUCACAUUAGGCCGAGAUGUAUCGUUUGAAAGGUUCGUCUGACAUCACAUUUUCUUGAGAGUAAAUGGAAAUGUAUCAUACAGAGUUGAUAUCCCCCUCCAGGUCUAUAUAAACUGAUAAAAUAUCGUGUUUAACAUCAGUUUUAUAAUUAUGCACACAAGGAUUAAAUUUUACAUAGAAAGUGACGUUAUGUAUUUAUCUAGGAUUUUAUAUCAGCUUUAUUAAUUAAUUUUAGGUUAUGACUUCAAAUAUGUAAGUUUUAGAUAUUCAUUUGAUAACUUCACUCAUUAAAGUCAUCAUUUGAUAAACAGAUUCAGAUGCUGAUAGGAAGAACUAAUGUCUACAUUAGGUCUGGUAUAUUGUACUGUUUAUUACAUAGGCUGUUCAAUGGUCCCAUUUUAUUUCCUCCGGGUAAACAGAUAUAUAGAUAUUAAUUUUUGUAUAUACGUGGUAGGAUGCAUGUCUAUCAGAAUAGUCAUUUGUAAAUAUUUAAAAUUCUACAACCAAUGCAUGAACAUAAUCUCAUUAUAGCUUAUGUAUGUAAUUCUCACCUUGCAGCAUGCUUACUAUAGCUGUAAGAUCUGCCCUAACGGCACGCUGAUCAAUAUUGUUUGUUUUGUUUCAUUUUUCACCAUAGAAACAUCAUUGCUUCAUUUUUCUUUUAAGUAAGGAAAUCGUUUGAUCUAUAGUCAUUUGUAAGUAUAGGGAAAGCUUAGUAUCUAGAUAUAUGUUGGGGAGGGGUCAAAAAGAGAUAUAUUUUGUGAGUAUAGGGGAGAGGGGGAGUGGCUUAAAUAGAAUAAGAUAAACAAAUUGAAUCAGAUUUGAUACUAUGACAUACCACUCAAAUAUAUCAUAAGAUAUAACAUAUCAUUGAUAUUGUGCAUUAUAGCUGUUAUAUGAUGUGAAGGUUUAUAUUUAUAUGUCUUCAGUCAGUGUCAGUGUGUCGUAAACUUAGAUCAGUCUGCUGAAAUUUAAAAACCACAUAUUCAAUAACAAACCUCAAUGUAGAUUCCAUAAUGGUCUAUGAUAUAUCAUAUGAUUGCUGCCUUCUGUUUAGUUUGUUUUGGGAGGUUUUGGAUUGAUGCAGUGAUUUUAACCAUUUAUAAUCAAAGAGACAACGAUCAUAUCCACCACCAGCGAUCUGGAAGUCAUGUUACCCCAAACAAUGGCUACCUUAUAUAAAAAGAUUUGAAAAUUUCUGAUGUUUGGUUGUGUUUGUUAUGCGCUUGUCUGAUAUAGCCUUGUCUGCCUCUACAGAGACACACUGAGGGACGUCAUCAACAUGCUGAGGAAUUCCAGCAACCCUCAGGUGGAAUACAUGGUCAGGACCAUGAAAAAGUGGGCCAAG